GGAGAAAGCGCCUUGCCCUGCAGUAACCUCCUCCAGAUCCACCGCAGCAUCCUGGAUGACAUGUGUUAUUAUUGCCAUGUUUUUAAACCUAACGCAUGGCACUAAUCUGGAUACGUUAGGUGGGUUAUCGCGAUAAAAUGAGCACGGACGUUUAUUUCCGUGGAGGGCGGAUGGCUAUUGACUGACUAGAAACACUGGCAGGCAGUGAACAGAUUUUACCAGCCCAUUAUGUUUUCAGCCAUCAUGCCCAACUAGUAAACAAGUAGAUACAGAAGCGACGGAGCUAGCGAACACAAUUGAUGAUUGACAAGAGUGGGCUCGCGUGGCCAUGGAUGCCUUCAGCCAGCUGAUCCUGCUCAUCGCCGUAGUGAGUUUCUGCACUUUCCAGUGGCUGUUCCACAGCGUGAGUCCCUGGGUGUCGUCCAGGGUCAGCCUCGGCUUCCUCACUCUCAGUCACAAGCAGCAGAUCGAGUGGAACUCGAGAACGGUGUCCACGCUCCAUGCGAUUAUCGUCGGCCUCUUCUGUCUCUACAUCCUUCUCUUCGAUGAAGCCGUCAACCAGGACCCCGUGUGGGGAGAUCCUACGCUGGUGAAGAUAAACGUGGGAAUAACAACAGGUUACCUCAUAUCUGAUUUGCUGCUCAUAUUUUACUAUUGGAGGGCGAUAGGGGACAAGUUUUUUGUAAUUCACCACCUGGCAGCGCUGUAUGCUUACUACUAUGUACUGGGCCAAGGAAUGUUGCCUUAUUUUGCUAACUUCCGUCUGCUUGCAGAGUUUUCCACCCCAUGUGUGAACCAGCGCUGGUUCUUUGAAGUGUUAGGUUACCCUAAAUGCUCCAGGCCCAACAUUGCCAACGGGGUGCUGAUGGCGGUUGUGUUUUUCAUGGUACGGAUCGCAGUCAUGCCCGUUUACUACAGUCGUAUGUACUCCGUCUAUGGCACGGAGGCCUUCUACCACGUCUCCUUUGGUGGCCGCAGUGCCUGGAUCUUCUCCAGCUUCUGUUUGGACAUCAUGAACAUCAUGUGGAUGCAUAAGAUUGCUCGUGGCUGCUACAAAGUGCUGCAUUCCAGUCGACAGUUGAAAGCUCAGACUCAGGAGAAUGGAAAAGUUGACUAAGCAUGACCAGGAGAUCACUCUCAGCAGUGGGGUGAAUUCCACAAAGUUUCUCUCUCAGUGCUAUUGGUUUUUUGUUUGUUUGUUUGUUUGUUCCUCACUGCUCUCAGAAGGGAAGUGGAGAGAUGAAGCUGGACGUCAUGUGACAGUAGAUGAGAGAAACACCAGAGCAAUAUUUAAAGUUUCAGAGAACUUCACGCUGUGAGCGGACCACUGAUGUUGCAUCGAGAUGGCCAGUGCUGGUAAAGCCACCCUGCCCAUGUUAGUGCUCUAGGCUGAAGGGGCCAAUGCUCAUGUCAAAUCUGUUUGAUUUGUUUAUGUCCUGAAAGCUAAACAUUUUUAACCUUCAUUUGAUUAAACUUUUGGCUGUUAGUCCUUGGUAGAAUGACCAUGACUUCCUGAAAACAGCAAGUGCCACAUCCUUCUAAUUUAAUCAUCCAAGUCACUGCCUUCUGUAAAGGGCCAGUGUGAGAAGCAUCUGCCCAUGUUGUUUACGAUGAAGUUAGACCUUGUACACUGACUGAAAGGCAUUCAUCCUUUCACCUGCACUAUACCAGGAUACAUUGAGACUACAGGCCGGACCUGAACAGAACCUAAGAUGCCAACUAUGUGACAACAAAACAGAAGGAUUAUCUGUGAGUCUACACAGACAUUUUACAUUUAUGUAAAGUAUUUUAUACUGAGAUAAUGAUUGGAGAGCAGUGCACUUUGCUGGUGUGCUAGAGGACACAUCAUAAAUCUUGCUCAUGAAAAGGACAUUAUGGAAUGUCUAUAGAACAGCCAAGAUGUUUCCACCCCAGAUUUGAUUUGGAGACGGUAGGCAUAAUCUGAUACUUUUUCAGUACACUUUGAUUUAAAAGAUGAGUUUAUUUGAUUUAAAAGAAGAGUUUUUCAUAUUAGACAGAGAGUUCACGCAUGCGAAUAAAGUGUCCUCGCAGCACAAUCUGUGUCCUCUUUGUAAAAAUGAUUGGUGCAUGCAGCGGUGAUGUGGUACCCUGAAUGUUUGCAAUGUAGAUAGAAAUGUUUAUUAGACAUGCAAAAUACACAUUUUAAUUAUUUUUGUGUACAGUGUAUCCAGUCAAUAUAGGACAUAAAUGGUCUAAUAUUUUGGAAAGGGAUUUUAAAGGAUGUUUCAGUCAUGGACGUUAUGGAUAACGUUCAUGUGAUCUCUUGCAAAAUGUUGAGAUCUUUUUCUGCAUCAUACCUUAUUUAUUUGAACCAGUCCAGCACUGGAACAGCAUGUACUUACAUAUUUAUUGUUUUAAAGGAAAUGUAUGAUGUAUUGGUAAAGGGUGUUUGUGAUUUAUUUAAGUAGAUAUAUACAAAAUAAAGGAAUUGACAAUAUAAGGAAAUAUAUUACAAUCAGUUCAGAAUGCAUCACAUGUCACUUUGUAAGACAUUUUAGCAUAGAGUGUUCAUACUAUACAACUCUUGCAUCCAAUGGCAAUUCACCUACACAGAUUAGAGAAAUGGAGGAUGCCAUAUGUUAUUGUAUUUUGUUAACUGAAAAAGUAUUUAUUAUGUAUGGAUAUGAGCAAGAUGAUGUGAGAUAUAUCAGAAUGGUCUGUUCAUUAAAAAUGCCAGAAGUUCUAUUUUUAAAUGAUUAAAUACUUGAAUCCUUGCUCUACCUUACUGUGAAAGGCAGGCACUGAAAAUUCUUUUAAUUGCAGUAUGUGCAAGAUAAUUCCAGUCAUAAUGCUUUGACUUGCUUUGCAGAUGUGUUUCUUGUGGAUGUCUUUUCUAUGCGAUUUCUUUACAAUUUUCAUGUCACAUUGAUGUAAGAUUAUCAUAUAAUUUUGAUUGUAUUAGGCUGGCAUGGCCGGUUUUCCUAUUUUAUUGCGGUCUCCAAUUGGGUAAUGUGUGAAAGUUGAGCUGAAAGUUUACUUUUUUAUGUUUAUACUUGCACUGUUUAGUGUGAAACUGCAUAUUCAGGUACACCAGCACAAGACAAGUCGUAACAUUUUAAUUUCCAAACAUCUCCAAAUUCCUGCAGACUUUGCCUUUCUAACAUUUUGAGAAAUCAUUGCUGCCAAUUCCACCUUUCCUUGUCGACUUUCGUUCUAAACUAGUCAGUAGAAUAAAAUACAGUACAAAAAAGUUUCAUACUAAAUAUGACAGAAACUACAUUUCUUUUUGAUAAUGUACUUAAUUCUCUUUUUGAUUAGUUGAAAUGGAGUAGGGCUUGCCUUGUCUUGUAAUAGUUAAGUACGAGGCUGAAAUGUUGGGUCUGUUUCCGGGUGAACCUAGAGUGUACUGAUAAUUUUGAGGACUAAACCUCAUAGUGCAGGCUGUAACUCAGUAAAUGUUUGGUCAUUUGCUUUUUCCCUUUCGGGGUAUUAUUUGUAGAAUGCAUCUUACAUUCUGAACAAGUUCUGAAUGUGUUGAUUCAGCUCACAUCACAUUUUUAAUGGGUAAAAAACUUUGUCUGCAUUGGCCUGGCUAAUGAACCAUUUUACUGUUCCAGCUAGCUUCACAGAUUAAACAGCUUGAGUGUGAGGUCUGCUGUGCCUGACUAUCUAUGUGACAGUUAUUUCAUGUUACAUUUUGUUUUCCUCACUUUAUCUUGUAAAAUGUUUCUUAAAAUUGUAAAAGAUUGCAUCUCUUAAAGUGUGUGUGUGUGUGUGUAUAUAUAUAAUUAAUAUAUAAUCACAUACUCAUUGAUGAGAGAUAUGUGAAGAUGAUCUUGGAGUUUUAUAUGUGAGUAUUGAUUUAUUUUCAAAACUUGACUUGUCUUAUUUUUUUCUGACAUAGCCUAAUGCCAUUUGCCUCAAUAAAGCAAUAUGUUAAUUUUGA